AUGAGCACAGGUCCACAUGCAGACGAUCAUAAACAUCUCACCGAGUCGCGAUCGACCUUACUGAAAGUCGCUGUGAGUUUUGGGCUUGUUAAACCAGAUGAGCUGCUUUGUGCCAGGUAUAUUGACUCCGACCACAUUGGCAGCCUUGUUCGCUUUCCACUUCGAAGAACGGCUCGUUCAUGUGAAGGCGAGCGGGAAAACUGGGGAAAUCCCGACAAAGCUUUCAUCUACGAGCUGACAGCCUCCACUGGAAAACCUUGUCCAGUGGAGGCUCUAUUGUACGUCAAGAUAAAACAUGACUUUGGCGAAUAA